CACGAAGCGAGAGUGAAAUCGCAGUGUUGCAGAAGAAUUAGGUCAUGGAAGAUCCAGCUCCACCGUCUGAAGCAUCCACUCGCCGUCCUAAGAGGGGAAGACCUCCGAAAAAAAUCGCCGUGGAAAAUGAAGCCGAUGCCGAGAACCGAGAGAGUUCGCCCGAUGAUUUCGGCACAAAAUCUAAGCGAAAUCGUGCUUCCGAAGGAACCUCGAGCUUCGCGCACAAACCCUCUGACCAGUCCUUGAUCGAGGUGAUCAAAGGUAAUAACAAACUUAUUCCUCAUAUGGUCAAACUUUGGGUUGAGCGCUAUGAAAAGGAUCCAAAACCUGCAAUGGUUGAACUCUUGACAAUGCUGUUUGAGGCAUGUGGAGCCAAGUAUUACGACAAAAGUGAUCUCGUGGAUGAGACUGAUGUUGAUGAUGUUGUAGUUGCUCUUGUCAACUGUGCUAAAAGGGGUGAAGUUGAAGACUAUCAACAUUCCAAAAAGGAGUUUAAAAACUUAAAAGAGAAUCUAGAGUCAUUCUGGGAUAAUUUGGUUCGUGACUGUCAGCAUGGCCCAUUGUUUGAUCAGGUUUUAUUUGACAAGUGCAUGGACUAUAUAAUUGCACUGUCAUGCACCCCUCCAAGAGUUUACCGUCAAGUUGCUUCAUUGAUGGGUCUUCGGCUGGUCACAUCAUACAUAACUGUCGCUAAUAUGCUUGGUGCGCAAAGAGAGACUACUCGUAGACAAUUGGAUGCUGAAAAAAAGAAAAGGAAUGAGGGGCCUCGGGUGGAGUCAUUAAAUAAAAGGUUUUCGGAUACUCAUGAGAGAAUAACAUUGUUGGAGGAGAUGAUGCGUAAGAUUUUUACUGGGUUAUUUGUGCAUCGCUACAGAGACACUGACCCAAAUAUUAGAAUGUCAUGCAUCGAGUCACUGGGUGCAUGGAUCCUGUCAUAUCCUUCACUUUUCCUGCAGGAUUUGUACUUGAAAUAUCUUGGGUGGACAUUGAAUGACAAAAAUGCUGGCGUAAGAAAGACUUCUAUAAGCGCACUGCAAAAUCUUUAUGAGGUGGAUGAUAAUGUACCAACCCUCGGUUUAUUUACUGAGAGAUUUUCUGGCCGAAUGAUUGAGCUUGCUGAUGACAUUGAUGUUUCUGUUGCUGUUUAUGCCAUAGGUCUUGUUAAACAACUACUAAGACAUCAACUUAUUCCAGAAGAUGACUUGGGUCCAUUGUAUGAUUUGUUGAUUGAUGAUCCCCCGGAAAUCAGGCAUGCCAUUGGAGCAUUAGUGUAUGAUCACCUGAUUGCUCAAAAAUUUAAUAGCUUACAAUCUGGAUCUAGAGGUGAAACUGACAAUUCUUCUGAGGUCCAUCUUAAGAGAAUGUUGCGAAUUCUGGAGGAGUUCCCACAAGAUACAAUUUUGAGUAUUUAUGUGAUUGAUGACGUGUGGGAGUUCAUGAAAGCCAUAAAGGAUUGGAAGUGCAUUAUAUCCAUGCUCCUCGAUGAAAAUCCAUUGGUUGAGCUCUCUGACAGUGAUGCAACAAACUUGGUGCGACUCCUGUGUGCAUCUGUGAAAAAGGCGGUUGGAGAGAGGAUUGUUCCUGCUACUGAUAAUAGAAAGCAAUACUACAACAAAGCCCAAAAAGAAGUAUUUGAAAACAAUAAACAGGAUAUAACUGUUGCCAUGAUGAAGAGUUACCCAUUACUGUUGCAGAAGUUCAUUUCAGAUAAAGCAAAAGUGUCAUCGCUGGUUGAGAUUGUUUUGUAUAUGAACCUUGAGUUUUAUUCCUUGAAGAGGCAGGAACAGAAUUUCAAAAAUGUCCUCCAGCUCAUGAAAGAAGCAUUUUUUAGGCAUGGUGACAAGGAUCCUUUGAGAGCUUGUGUGAAGGCAAUUACUUUUUGUUGUCUAGAAAGUCAAGGGGAAUUGCAAGAUUUUGCCCGUAAUAAAAUAAAGGAACUCGAGGAUGAAAUUAUCGCUAAGCUGAAAUCUGCAAUAAAAGAAGUAGUGGAUGGUGGAGAUGAAUAUUCUCUUCUUGUAAACUUGAAGAGGUUGUAUGAGCUCCAACUGUCAAGAUCUGUGCCUAUUAAUGGCCUAUAUGAUGACAUUGUCAUGGUUCUACGUGAUUUUAGGAAUAUGGAGGAUGAGGUUGUUGGUUUCCUGCUUCUGAAUAUGUAUUUGCAUCUGGCUUGGGAUCUGCAGUCUAUAAUAAAUGGAGGAAGUGUUUCUCUAGAAUCCUUAACUUCUCUUCUGUCUAAGCGUGAUACCUUGUUACAAGAACUUGCAUACUUUCUGAACUUGGCUACUGACAACAAGGAAGGGGGUAAACAAGGAAGUGAACUGGCUUGCAGAGUAUGCACUAUACUUGCAGAAACAUGGUUCUUAUUUAGGAUGGCAAAACUCAACAAGACAAAUCUGGAAACAUUGGGAUAUCAGCCAGAUGCAUAUGUGCUUCAGAAGUUCUGGGUACUAUGUCAACAACAGCUUAAUAUUUCAGAUGAGGCAGAAGAUGAAGAUGUUAACAAAGAGUAUAUUGAGGAGAUAAAUAGAGAUGCUGUUAUGAUUACUGCCAUAAAGCUGGUCACCUAUGAUGUUGUUCCAAAGGGGUAUCUUGCUUCUGAGAUUAUUUCUCACUUUGCAAUGCAUGGGACAAGUGUGGCUGAGAUUGUAAAGCAUCUUAUCACAGUUCUGAAGAAAAAAGAUGAUGAUUUGGCUGCAAUUUUUCUGGAGGCACUUAAAAAGGCAUACCAUCGGCAUAUUGUGGAUAUCUCUGGAAGUGAGAAUGAUUCCUUGGAAAACAACUCUUUCUUAGGAUGUAAAGAUCUGGCUGCUCGGCUUUCUGGAACAUUUAUUGGUGCUGCCCGGAACAAGCACAGAUCAGACAUUUUAAAAGUUGUCAGGGAUGGUAUUGAAUAUGCUUUUGUAGAUGCCCCAAAACAGUUGUCUUUUCUGGAAGCAGCGGUGCUCCAUUUUGUGUCAAAACUCCCUGCAUCAGAUGUGUUGGAAAUUAUGAAAGAUGUUCAAAAGCGAACAGAAAAUGUCAAUACAGAGGAAAAUCCCAGUGGUUGGCGUCCCUAUUACACAUUUAUUGACAGCUUACGUGAAAAAUAUGCAAAGAAUGAAGGCUUUCAAGAUGAAAAAGAAGGGGUUUCUGUUAGGCGCAGGGGUCGUCCUCGUAAGAGGCAAAACAUAACAGGAAAGAAGCUUUUUGAUGAGCAAAGCUCAAGUGAAGAUGAGGAUUCCAUUAGUGUAUUCGAACAAGAUGCACAAGACGAAGGGGGGAGGCAAGAGGAGGAUGACGAAGAUGCUCCUUUGAUACAUUCAAUCAGAUCAUCAUCCAAGUUAAGGUCGCUUGGAGUUUCUAGGGAGGAAAGCAAAAGUCAGACAAAGACGGGGAGUUCUGUGAGAGCUACAGAUAAUUUAUCUGCUUCUAGAACAUCAGGUGCAUCAAGCUAGUCUUGCAAAGUUGUAGGAUACGAGUAUAUUUUUGUAAUUGCAUUGGCACAUAUUAAUUGAUAUAGUGGUUUAGGAAUUCUGGAUUGCAAUUCAACUUGCCGGUUGUAUAUGGUAGUGAAGCUUGUUCUGCUCAAGAUUGCUUGGCUUACUGCUGAAUAUAAAUUAGUAAAACACUAUACCAGGGCCAAUCUGAAUUGAAAAGUUAGCAUUAU